UAUAUGGGUAGGAUAGAACGACUGAACCAAACCAGAAAUUUGAUAGAAUUUGUUUGACUUUACAGAUCACUCAAAAAUACCAAUAUUAUCGGAGAAAAAGAAACUCGAGAUUAAGAUGCUAAUGGCGGAUGAAACGACUUCCAUAGACUAUGUAAUGGAGAAAGCUUCAGGCCCUCAUUUCUCUGGCCUUCGUCUUUCUCCUUCAACUACUUCUUCGCCUCGUACUCCUGCUUCGUCUGCUACUCCUGCUUUUACUGAAUCCGACCAACCCAUUGUCAUCGGAGUAUCGGGAGGUACGGCUUCGGGUAAAACCACUGUUUGUGAUAUGAUAAUACAGCAACUUCAUGAUCAUCGUGUUGUGCUUGUUAAUCAGGAUUCGUUUUAUCGCGGAUUGACUGCUAAGGAAUUGGAACGUGUACACGAGUAUAACUUUGAUCAUCCUGAUGCUUUUGACACUGAGCAACUUCUUGAAUGUAUGGGUAGACUUCUAUCUGGUCAUUCUGUUCAAGUUCCUAUCUACGAUUUCAAGACUCAUCAGAGAUGUACUGAUGCCUUUAGGCAGGUCAAUGCAUCUGAUGUGAUCAUCUUGGAAGGGAUUUUGGUAUUUCAUGAUCCUCGCGUCCGCAACUUGAUGAGCAUGAAGAUAUUUGUUGAUACCGAUGCUGACGUGAGACUUGCUCGUAGAAUCAGGCGAGACACGGUUGAGAGGGGUAGGGACAUAAACUCUGUUCUUGAACAGUAUGCGAAAUUUGUUAAGCCUGCCUUUGAUGAUUUUGUUUUGCCAUCAAAGAAAUAUGCUGACGUUAUCAUACCUAGAGGAGGUGAUAAUCAUGUAGCUAUUGAUUUAAUUGUACAACAUAUACGCACAAAGCUUGGUCAGCAUGAUCUCUGCAAAGUGUAUCCCAAUGUAUAUGUCAUUCAAUCAACUUUCCAGAUAAGGGGCAUGCAUACGCUGAUUCGAGACAAAGACAUAUCGAAGCAUGAUUUUGUUUUCUAUUCAGAUCGGCUUAUCCGUCUGGUUGUGGAGCAUGGUCUUGGUCACUUGCCGUUCACUGAGAAGCAAAUCGUGACUCCGACAGGAUCUGUAUAUAUGGGGGUUGAUUUCUGCAAGAAAUUAUGUGGUGUAUCAAUUGUUAGAAGUGGUGAAAGUAUGGAAAAUGCUCUGCGUGCAUGUUGCAAGGGAAUAAAGAUUGGAAAAAUACUUAUACAUAGAGAUGGAGACAAUGGGAAACAGCUUAUAUAUGAGAAACUCCCAAAAGAUAUAUCUGAAAGACAUGUUUUGCUUCUAGAUCCUGUCCUUGCCACAGGUAAUUCUGCUUGCCAGGCGAUUGAUUUGCUUAUACAAAAGGGAGUGCCUGAAGCCCACAUUAUAUUUUUAAACCUCAUUUCAGCACCUGAAGGUAUCCAUUGUGUUUGCAAGCAGUACCCAACUUUGAAGAUCGUCACCUCAGAGAUUGAUGUUUUACUGAAUGAAGAAUUUCGUGUCAUACCUGGCCUUGGAGAAUUCGGGGAUCGUUAUUUCGGUACUGAUGAUUAAAUUUGUAGGGUGACAGUUAGAUAUGCACAAGCUGAUUCAUGUAAUUGCUGGACAUUAUUCUACUAAUGUAGUUCAUAUGUUUUACAAUUGAAUCAACUUUCUGAAUGGAACUCAAGAGCAUGAGUCCGCAGUGCCACAUGCUUAAUGCUACCUGCUUUCGUAGUGUAAUGAAAAUAAAGUCAAAUUUCUAAUUCA